GAGGGAUUUCGGUUCAAUGCACUCCAUAUUGCUGCACGUCAUGGGAAGGUUGACGUGGUGGAGAAAAUCUUGCAGCUUGUUGGUGAUACAGCGUUCUUGGCCGAUCUCUACGGUACUUCUGAGGACGAUGCGCGGUUUCGUGCAGAAAAUAUCGUUGCCUCUUAUCUAAAUACUCCUGACAAGGGAAAUUGCGAUACUCCCCUCCACAUUGCUGCUAAGUUCGGGCAUGUCGAGGUUGUUAGAGCGUUGGUAGGCCAACCAUUACUGGAUAGGCACUUUUUGAACAAGUACGCAAACUACAUCUCUCCUUCUGCGUUCUCAUCUGACUGCUUCCAGAGAGGGACAAACCGCUUUGGAAGUCGCUUGUGCCCGUUAUACAGGAAGUGA